GGGGGGCCAUAAUCAGUGACGGACCCGCAUCCAUCCGGUUGUCUUCGCGCUUCUGAAUGUGCGCUUUUGUUGCUUAUGGCUACAAGACAUUGAAAUGUUCUGUCCGUUUUGUGCUGUGCAACUGGGGGACGCUCCCAAGUUUUGCCCGUCGUGUGGUAUGAACGUGGGGUUCCUUACGGAGCGUCCAUCCACGUCAUCAAGCGUAGGCCAUGGGCCUACAGUGAAUGAGACAAGUAUCCAAGGAAGAGCAGCUCAAUUCAUGAGGUUCAGGGAAGUUAAAGAGGCUGAGAGGAGGACCUUUUCAAAGGCUAAAAAGAAACCAAACAUUACGGUCAAGAUAUCGAUUGGCAUAAUGACCAGAACAAAAUAUGGGUUAAAACCUAUAAGGGGGAAAACCUUGCCAUUAAAUGUUGAACCCCUGUGGUCAUCAAAACAAAUUUUGCCAGCUGCUAUAAAAAAAACAGCGAGAUUUUAAUCAAGACACAAUGUACGAUGGAGAAUAUGUCCUGGUCUAUCCUGAUGGCUCUCAGGUACAAAAUAUACCAGGCACAGACAGACCCUUUGUCCUUGAACAUUAUAAAGAGGCCAUUGGAAAGGCUUACCAGAGGAUCGUACUGUACAUCUGCCCCCUUCAGGAUUUGAGUCAUGGAGAUGACUCAUCUUCAGAAUCUGAUGAUGAAGCAUUUGCUAGGCUUCCACUGAAAAUUUUACCAAAACAAUGUCCACCAACAAUGUCCAGGCCAUCUGAUGGGCAAGCCAAUGGAGCAGGAGCAGAACCAAAAAACAACACAUCAUGUGACUCCUACAACACAUAUACCAAGAUCUAUGCCCCAGUUGUCAUUGACAGCAGUUGCUCUGAUGUUGAGGACGUAGAGAACUUUCAGGAGGAAGACAGAGACACUGAUAUUGGACUGACGGCUGCAGACAUUCUGUCAAAUCUGUCAUUCAACAUUAACACAAUGAGCUGUAGCAGGUUUAAUAUAAACCGUGCUAAUGUCUGGGAUGGUGCUCUGAGGGGAUUCAAACGUUCCUCAUUUGAUCCCACCUGUAGCCUUUUGGUCAAAUUCACAGAUGACAUCGGGCAAACAGAGGAGGCUGUGGACACAGGAGGGCCUACGCGGGAAUUUCUUACACUCUUGAUGGACGCCAUUAAAACCAGUAGAUUUUUUGAAGGCAAAGAUGAUGGCAAAUACCUGUCAUUUGAUAGCAAAGCUGCAGAAGGUGAUGAGUAUUUCCAGGUUGGAAGAAUGGUUGCGGUCUCCAUUGUACAUGGUGGUCCAGGGCCUCGAUGCUUUUCCCCAAGCUUCUACCAGUACCUGGUUGGUAAAGUGAAGACCAUUGAGGCCCCAAUUGAGGAUAUACCUGAUACUGAAGUCAGGAAUGUUCUCCUUGAGAUUAAGAAUGCUAGAACAUUGGAGGAACUCGUAGAACUCGCAGAUAAGCACUCCAGCAUGCUUCAGACAGCAGGAUGCUAUCGACACUGGGGGAUAAGGAAAAAGUUGUGGAUGGUUACAUCCAGUGGUACUUCACCUACCGCAACCAUGUUUCCUUCCAGAGGUUCAAGGAUGGCCUGGCUACCCUCAACUUUUUCAACGCUCUGGAACAGCAUCCCUCCAUUUUCCUGCCCUACAUGUGUUACAGAGCGGAAGACCUGACAGCCGAGAUUGUAGAGUCACUGUUCCGUCCACAAUUGAGCCCAACUGGUAGCUCAAAUCGGCAUGAGGAGGAGAGAGUGCUUGGCUACUGGCUGGACUACUUAAUUGCUGUAAAAGAGGACGGGUCAGGGAUGUCUCUGCAGGACAUUCUAAUGUUUGCAACAGGCCUGAAAGAAAUCCCAGCAGCAAAAUUAAUACCACAGCCUCAACUCACAUUCCAGAAACACGCAAGGUUUCCUGAGGCUAAUGUCUGCGCUAACACAAUAAAACUCCCAAUCUUACCCUCAUAUGAAAUCUUUGAGGAAGCCAUGAAUUAUGGAAUCAAGAACGCCCCUGGAUUUGGGCUUCAUUGAGGUGUCAAUCAGAAAUUAACAUUCGUGGCAAAUUUGCAUUACUGUUGUUACUGUUUGCAUUGCACUUUACUGUUUGCACUUUUACAUUGUUUACAGAAAUCCAAUUAUUUUUUUAUAAGAAAAGUUGCACGUUUCUCUAUUUGGAAACUUUUUGUGGCAGAUUUGCAUUGCUCUUACUGUUCGCACUUUACUGUUUGUCAGUACUGUCACAGUUUAAAGAAAUAAAAUCAUUUAUAUAAGAAAA